UCGUUAUUGCUAUUAAAGUCGAGGAUGUAUAGCUAACCAGUGGUAUGCCGUGUCUCGCGAUCGUUAAACUUGCAUCCAAGCAUCAGAGAUAUCGAAGUAGUAGCUGCAUUAGUUUGCUAUUCGUCCGCCAGGUUGAGUAAGUAGUGAAGUGCAGGCGAGACGGGAGGCCAGACAAGUUUUAGUAGAAAGUGCUUGUUGGUGCGCGAGUGUGUGGAGAGGUAUGGCGGUCUUAGGAAGGGUGACUGAAUGUCUGGCUGUGAUGACUAUAUGGCUUUCUGCCCAGGUGUGCACAUUUAACUUAGAACCAAGGCUACCUGUGAUAAAACAAGGAGACAGAGGAUCCUAUUUCGGAUAUUCAGUUGCAGAACAUCAAAUAUUAGAACCCGCAACUAAUGAAGUUUCAGAACAAGUAUUAUUAAUAGGAGCACCUAGAGCACAGACGAAUCAACCUGGUACAAAUCGUUCAGGUGCUGUAUAUAGAUGUCCUAUUUCAACUUGGAGAAAGGAUUGCCAUCAGAUACUAAUAGAUCAACAAAAUGCUCCUCCUGAUAACUCAACAAUUAAAGAUGAUCAGUGGUUGGGUGUUACUGUUAAAAGUCAAGGUCCAGGAAAACAUGUUAUGGCUUGUGCUCAUAGAUACGUAUCCAGAGGUGUUGAUUAUCAGUGGGGGUUAGGUAUAUGUUAUUCUCUUACACCUUUUCUAGAUAUUCAUCAGCCAUGGGAACCUUGUUUAAAUCGACCUGUAGCAAAAGCACAUGAACAAUUUGGUUACUGUCAAGCUGGUACUAGUGGAGAUAUAUCUGAGGACAAUAACAUAAUUAUUGGUUCACCUGGUCCAUACACUUGGAGAGGAACAGUCUUUACUAAUAGUGUGAGAUUUCGAAUGCGGGAUGAUAAAACCUGGUAUAUGGGACCAUUAUCUGAUGAAGCUGCACCAGUUGAUAAAUACAGUUAUCUUGGUAUGUCAGUGACAUCUGGCAAAUUUUUUGGGGAAGUUACAUCAUUUGUAAGUGGAGCUCCACGUUCUAAAGGAACAGGCCAAGUUGUGUUUUUCAAAAAACAGAAAGGAAGCUCAUUAUUUAAGGUUGAGUUAAUUUUAGAUGGUGAACAAUUUGCAUCUUCAUUUGGAUAUUCUCUUACAUCUUUAGAUAUUGAUAACAAUGGCCUCAUUGAUUUAGUUGUUGGUGCUCCAUUUUACUAUGAUAAAAAUGAAGGUGGUGCCAUUUAUAUUUAUAUGAAUCAUGAAGAGGGUCUUUCACGAAAGCCUGAGAAAUUAACAGGGAAACCAGAAUCUAGAUAUGGAUUUGCAAUUGCUAAUGCUGGAGAUAUAAACAGGGAUGGUUAUGUUGAUCUUGCUGUUGGGGCUCCUUAUGAAGGUCAAGGUGCUGUGUAUAUUUAUCUAGGAUCUCCAGAAGGCCUUCGUAAAGAACCUUCACAGAUAAUUUAUGCCAAAGAUUUUCCUAAACAAGUAUUGUCUAGAGUAAAUAUUACAAGUUUUGGAUAUUCUCUUUCUGGUGGAAUGGAUAUGGAUAGAAAUGGGUAUUCUGAUCUUCUUGUAGGAGCAUAUGAUAGUGAUGCAGUUAUUUUAUUAAGAGCACGUCCAAUUAUCAACAUUGUAACGUCAGUGAAAGGAAAGUUAACUAACAUAGAUCCAAGUGUUCUUGGAUGUCCAGCUGACAGAGAUGCUGAUCUUGUUUGCUUUUCAUUUCAAGCGUGCUUCCAAUUCAAUUCAUCUGUUUUAUCUGAAGGGACAAGUAUUAAAUUGCGUUAUAGAAUUGAGGCAGAAACAUUUACAGGAAAAAAAUAUUAUCGUGUAACAUUUGGUUCUUCUUUGAGUAAUACACCAAAUGUUGUGACAAAAGAUAUCAGAGUAAAAGAAGAUAAUGUAUAUAAACUUUCUUGUUUUGAUGAAAUUGUAUAUUUAAAGAACAAAUCUGACAUCCAAAAUCCUAUUAAAUUUAAAAUGACAUAUAGUUUGAUUCAGAAAGAUCCUAUUAUGCCAUCUGAAGGAACCAGACUUCCAGAUAUAAAUCAAUAUCCAAUAUUAAAUCAAGUUGAAGCAUCAAAAGUUUUUGAGGCCAAAUUUUUGAAAGCUUGUGGUUCAAAUGAAAUCUGUGAAUGUGAUUUGCAUUUAGAAGCUGAACUUAAUCUGCAAAAGAAAGGCAAUAUCUUUGAAUUUCCUCUUGGAGAAAAGUUUAUUAAUAUGUCUCUUAAAAUUACAAACACUAAUGAAUCUGCAUAUGAUGCAACUGUAUAUGUUACUCAUUCCCCUAGUUUGACUUACGGAAAUAAGAAAAUGAUAAAAGGUGACCCUGUGAACUGUAUUCCAAUGGAAUCUGUAUUAAAAUGUGAACUAAAUAAUCCAAUGGAAUCAGGAGAAGUUGAAUUUCAAAUUUGGUUUAGUGCAAAAAAUAUUUUACCUGAAGAAAAAAAACUUCAUUUUGAAGUAAAAGUUAAUACAACAAGCGUUGAAUUAACACCUGAAGAUGAUUUAACUUUGGAUGCGGAUGUUAUUAUUGUUGCAGAAUUAGAGUUGAGAGGUGGGCAUGACAAAGAACAGAUAUUCUAUGGUGGGGAAGUAGUAGGCGAAACUGGAAUAACAUACUUGGAAGAUAUAGGAAGUCCAGUUGAUCAUACCUAUUUUCUCAUCAACAAUGGUCCUGCUAAAGUUAGUUCUAUUGAAAUUGUAUUCUCUUGGCCAUAUGAAGUAGCAAACAAAGGAGAAGAAGGAAAAUGGAUAUUGUAUAUGACUGAGGUUCCAGAGAUACGUGGAAAUGGUUUCUGUAAAAUGCAACCUGGUCAAGUUAAUCCUUUGCGAUAUAAAGAAAAUCCAAUAUACCAGAUACCGACAAAAAAACCGGACAUAAAUCUGACGGGGGAGGAGGAAGGCCUGAAAACUGCUCCGCGCCAGCGAAAGAAGAGGGAAGUGGUAAUAAAACCGGAAGAACUUAGGAUGGAGGGGAAGAUGGUGAAGAUCGUCACCAUGGAUUGCGACAUAGGCACAGCACAAUGUUUUAAUUUUAGUUGCUUCAUAAAGGAUCUGGAUGGAGAGAAGAGCGCUCGAAUUGUCAUCAGGUCUCGUCUGUGGAGCAGCACCUUUGUUUCGGAUUACAGAGACGUAAAUUUUGUCAGGAUAAUAUCUAGAGGCGGAAUCCAUCUGGAUCCUAAGCUCGGAAUCAAACAGAAGGAUUUGGAAAACGACAGGGCAAUGGCGGAGAGCAAAGUUCAGCCCGACAAAUCGCUGUAUCAAAAACCGGAACCCGUUCCGUUAUGGAUAAUCAUUUUGGCAGUUUGCGGAGGAGUGUUGUUGUUAAUCAUCGUUAUCCUAUGUCUGUGGAAAUUUGGAUUCUUCAAGAGGAGGAAACCCGGGUACAUGCCUGCAGAAACGAGUGAUAAAGAAAAAGAAGCCAACAACAUAUGACCCGUACCGAGCACGUAGAAGCUGUAAAAACUGUUCCGCUUUGGGAUUUUGAGAGUAAAGUUUCGUCAUCCCAAAGCAAAAAAAAACUAUUUAAUUCUAGAAAAAACUGCCAACACGCUUCCACGUGUGAUUCGUCACUUAACACGGAAUACAAAAGUUUGUUUCCAAAAUGACAUCUUUUGGUGAAGCGGAACAUGAACUACAGCCAUCUAUGGAAAGAAAGUUCUCUUAAACCAAUUUUUCGGUCGCACUACCAGAAAUUUUAAUACAACUUUCGAACAUUUUGUACGCGGUCGUAAUGGAUGUACAGAUUCGUUCACGGUUAUCCCGAAUUUUAAGGUCACUAGUGCUACUAGCAAUUUUUUUAAAGCUAUUUAUAUUAAUUUAGACAAUCUAGCAGUGCUAGAUACUAUCCAAUUUGUGUCGAAAACAAUGUUUACAAUUGUACAGAUCCAUUACAGAAGGCAAACUGUUUAAUAAUAGAAAUUCGAAGAAGAGAAAUGGAGCGCAUUUCUGUUCUUCGGAUGCAAUUUUGUAAACUCACAAGCCAUUGGCCCACUAAGUGCUCAAGAUGGUCACGGGCAAUUCGGUCGUCUUUCACAGUUUAGUUGUAUAAUUUCCAUUGUAGCUAACGUCUAACUUCAGGGAAAAAGGUAGGAAAAAAUCUACGCAGGUUUGCAGGUAGCCAGAAAUCUUCCCGACUUGCAGACAGCCAGGUCGCUUUUGUUAACGAAAAUUUAUGCCAUUUCAUUGUCUACUCGAAACCGUAACAGAAUUUACCAGUGUCGUUGCCGUAACGGGUGCUUUGUAUUAUCAAUUCGUAUGUCGUUAAGGUGUUUCUAGAAUCUGGUGCUACGUGUAAAUAUUGAAACCGAACAGACUAUCGGCACCCGGUUCCCGCAUUCACUCCAGGUUGUGCCAAAAUUCGGACCGGCCAUCGCGGUUACCAAAAUUGUUGAUUGUAGCGGUAUGUUAAUGGAGGAAGUGCGAAAUUCAAUAGUUGUUCGUUCGCCACAGUGUCUUCGGCCCUGUCUUUUUUUUUUGCUAUGCUAUAUUUAAAAAGGUUUUAAAAUUUAAUAAUUGUUAUAAUAAAGUUUAUAAAAAUUAA